AUGAUUAUUAGCUUUUCUCUGAAGCCUGAAGAGGAAGAGGCGCUUGUUUCAAUGCUCAAGAGCCAUAAAAUAGCUCUUGGGUGGACCAUUAGUGACUUGAAAGGGAUUAGUCCAACCAAGUGUAUGCACAAGGUCCUUCUUGAAGAUGAUGCUAAACCAGUUGUGCAACCGCAAAAGAGACUCAAUCCAACCUUGAAAGAGGUGGUCCAAAAAGAGGUAAUGAAAUUAUGGGAAGCAGGUACUAUUUACCUUAUUUCUGAUAGUCCUUGGGCUCCAUGGUUUGCAGACAUUGCAAAUUAUAAAGCCAUGAAUUUCAUUCCAAAGGAGUACAGCCGACAACAAGUAAAGAAGCUAUUGACGGAUGCAAAGUACUACAUUUGGGAGGAACAAUAUCUUUUUAAGAGGUGUUCAGAUGGUAUCAUCCAGAGAUGUGUCCCAGAUAAAGAAACACAGCAGAUUCUCUGGCACUGUCAUGGUUCAGAUUAUGGAGGCCACUUUGGUGGUGAAAGGACAGCUACAAAGAGAUAUGGAGUCCGUCAUAAAGUGGCAACCCCCUAUCACCCUCAGACAAGUGGACAGGUUGAAGUUUCCAACAGGGAACUUAAGAGGAUUCUAGAGAAGACCGUCAGUGUUUCAAGAAAUGAUUGGUCUAGGAAGCUUGAUGAUGCUCUCUGGGCAUACCGGACAGCGUACAAGACUCCCAUUGGCAUGUCUCCUUAUCAGUUGGUCUAUGGCAAAGCCUGUCACUUGCUAGUUGAGCUGGAGCAUAAAACUUACUGGGCAAUCAGGUAUCUGAACCUUGAUUUAGAAGCUGCAGGAAUUAAGCGAAUGCUCCAGUUAAAUGAUCUUGAAGAAUUCAGAUACUCGACCUAUGAGAAUGCCAAGCUCUAUAAGGAGAGAACCAAGUUAUUACAUGACAAGAAGAUUGCCAUCAGAGUCUUUGAGCCAGGACAGCGAGUGCUUCUGUAUAAUUCAAGGCUCAAAUUCUUUCCAAGGAAGCUGAAAUCCCGGUAG